UCAGAACAUCAUGCAGUUGUCAUAGUUUGUUCUUGAAGCAGUUUGAUACAACUCAGCCAUAUGCAUCUAUGGGACAAGUACACUGUAAAUCCUUUCCUAAUGUAGCUUACUCCCACUGCAAACACAGAUGGACAGUAUAAACAAUUUUUUGUGGCAACACAAGUAUUUCUCUUCCUGGUGGAGAACUUUCCUUAUCCACUGUAUUCUAGUCAGUGCCCUCCCUCCCCCCCAAAAAAAGGCAACUGAGCACUGACCCAGUAACCUAUACUGCACCUAGCUUAGUAUUAAAUUUUUAACCUUACAUGUAUAUCCUAUAUUUAUCUACUUUUUUUGAGCAGGGUGGGGAAAAGGACAUUUUAAGCCCAAUCUGUUUCUUUUCUGUUAUUCACUGCUGGUCUGAUUUGCUUUCUGCAAGCACGUGGUUUUUGCAGUUCAAGAACUUGGCCGGUAUUCUACACCAAAAGAAAAAGGUGGUCCUUGGGGUGUCGCUCAUUGUUUAAAGCUGCAUCUACAAUUGGAAAUGCAGUUUAUGUGAAACAAUGGGGGAAUUCCCAGUUGUUCAUCCCUGCUUCAGCAGACUGCAUGGUGAUUGAUCCCAUACAGUAUGGGGGUGAGCGCCUACAAGGAGUACAGUCAAAGGUGCUUUUCCCAGUGAUCAUUGAUGUCAUGUGGAGUGGGUUUACAUCUUUUUCUUGAUGGUGCAAGGCAGUGUGGACCUGUAUCAAAAGCAGAAAGCCAUUUGUAAGACUUGCUGAAUGGAUGGAAAGCAUGACACUUGUUCAAAAGUUUGCCUAAUGCUGUUUCAUUUCUGAUGUCUGUCUCUUACUAAUGAGGUAAUCAGCACCUUGAAAACUCUCAUUCCAUUGUGCUUUAGAAUAUCCUCAAGUACUGUAGUGCCAUAGAUGGAAUUGUUUACCAUUAAAAUCUAAUGUGUAAGUUUCUAUGAGGACCAUUGACUGUGCAUUAAUGGGGUGAAUGCAAGUAACAAUUCAAUCAUAAAAUGUUUUUAUGGCAGAUGUGCCAUUAAAGGCUCUCUUUAGAACAUGAAAAACUUCCUAUCCUGCCCCAGCUUCUCAGCAUAUUAUUACUCUGUGUGAGUAAAACUGCUUUUUAGACUUUUGUGCAGAGGCAGUAGAAUCAGCUUCUUUACCUUCUGAGAAAUAGCUGAUGACAAAAGCAUUUUUUCAGAACUUCUUUAGCUAGGUCUAUUUGCUAUAUAGCCUCUAACUAACUUGGGAUAUGUCAUGUUUACAGUGCUAUUAACUUCCACUGGGCAUAUACAUUUACACCAAAAGUAAUACACCAUGUGCAUGGCCCUGACCGUACACAGUUCUGCACAGUUAUCACACAAGCAAAAAUGCUUUAUCAGCAGGUGCUAUUUGUUCACAAGUAAAAGCAGUGUAGGGGGCAACAUUCUUCUCCCCCUUUCCUUAACUACUGUUACAUCUUUGCCACUUAUUCUGUGGUUUUACAGUCAUAGCCUCUUCUUACCAGUUGCUGGGGGAAAGACCCCUUCUCAUCCACCCUGAGCACCUGGCUCAUGCUAAGAAACAGGAAUUAUAUACAAAGGCCUAUAUGCAAAUACUUUAUCUUUACAAUAGAAAUUAACAAUUCCUUGCGAAGAGGCCACUAGUUGCCCCUUCAUCAAGCUAUUGUCUUUAAUAUACACACAACAAAACAGCCCAGUGCAUGAGGCACAGUAACUCUGAGGCCUGGCCUAUGCUAAAAGUUUUCACCCUCCCACAGCACUUGUGAAAAUUCCACACCCCUCCAUGGCAACUUCACCCCAGCUGUAGACAGCCCUAGUCAGAUGUAGACAAAGGCUAUGGAUUUCAAUCUGUUCUUAGGCCAAGUCAUGAAAGAUCCUGACAGAAAGCGACAAUUUCAAGGUGCCUCUAGGGAAAGGAGGAAAGUGUUAAAUGCAACUUCAGUAGCUUCGCUUUCACUGGUAAACUAAGCUCAAUCCAAAGUGUAACUAACUGUAGCCAUAUCACUUAACUUCUGGGAUUUGAGUACAAUCGGUGCCUAUUAAACUCUGUGCAAACUGACAUUUUAGGUUUAGCAGAGCUGUGUCAGAGGAGAAUAAGUAAUUUAUAAUGGAUUGAGAUUCAGCUAGCUAUCCAAAAUUGCCAUCUUUAGUAUCAAACGCCACAAUAUACUUAUUGUAGCCUAUAACUUUGUUUUCAGUGGCAAGGCCAUAGAAAAGGACUGUCUUACCAACUACCUGUUUUCAAAUGUCACUUCUCUCCUGUGAGCGCUGCAGUAAUUCAGGACGAUGCCUUACAGAAUCGUGUUAGAUUGGUCUCCACAAGAGGCACAAAGUGCCUUUGCUAACAAAUUGUUGCUGGAAAAAUAUUGUAAAUGGACAUGGCACUACAGGGCCUCCCAUUUAGUGAUUGUGUGUCUGUUCAGCAUAUUCCUUUCCAAAUCCAACCAUAGAUAUCGUCCCACAAGCCAACAGGGGCUUGGAGCUAGUGCCUGCUUAAUUACCACCAUGGUUAGCAAUGGUGCACUAAUGAGCAAGACCAUUUUUGCUGCUCUGUCCCUUUGCUUCAGCCCCCUCCGCUAUCAGAGAUGUGCAGACUUAAGCCCCUUCUGAUGGUAGAGCUGUUAUUUUUAUGCACCACUUUCUACCCUGCAUGUAGAACCUUGUGGGGGAUAAUGCAUGAACAAUGCUAUGAUGCUUAGGCCUUUUCUCCAUUGUUUCAGUAGAUAGUGCUUUUGGAACAAAAAGGCUUGAUAACUGACAUAAUGGCCUCCAAGUAUUUGUGGGCAAACUCCAAGGAGGCAAAAAACUUAAUUAGCAGAAGUAUUGUAAGGACAUUUCUGAUGACUAGCAGGAAAACCUUAACACAGCCUCAUUCAUUUUGCGCUGGGAAAGUCUCCUAAAUGAAGUGGGAAGAGGCUCCAAUGCUGGAUGUCUUUAAAAGCCAACUGGCCUAUGUACUUAUAAAUACACUGAAAGAAACAAUCCUGCAUUGAGAUAGACACAGAAGAAAGAAUCCUAACAGCUACAGUUGUGUGUAAUCACACUGAUUCCCUCUGUUCCUCCCCCUGCCCCACACCUCUUUUCAAAGACCUUUUGUGCUAUACAAGUGAAAAAGAUCUUGUUUAAAAUCUACUUAAGUAAAGGCUGGGUCACACCUUAGAGCGAGGGUGCUAUUGCUGCCUAGUACCAGCUGCAAACCCAACCCUAGCCUUUUUGUUGUGGGAGAUUAGACAUCACCUAACUGCCACUUUACAGUACUUUUCUCCACUUUCAAACAGUCUGCCUCUCCCAUGCCUCGAUCAAGGGCACUAGCAACAGCUUCAGCCUAUGCUCAACACCACUGAACUGCUUCAGCCAUGCUGAGUAAUUUAUCCCAUUACCUCACAAGGUACAUUAAUCUUUAUCUGGUAAUUGCCACAUACAAACCAAAGACAAAAAGCAUAAAAUUAGCAAGAAGGUAUUCCAUUAAUGAGAUGGAAAACAAUCUAGACACUAGCUUCAUUAACUCAGGCAAAAAUUGCUACAGUGUCUGAAAAGGGCUUGGAAAAAAUUGCUUUCUGUCAUGGUUAUAUAGAUGGUAAAACUUCUUAAUUUAAUGGAGACUAAUAAAGAGUGCCUGGAGGUGUUCAGAACAAUUUACUUACUUACUUACUAUAUAACAUGGCUAAAUCACAAAUUCUGUAUCUUAAAAUGCAAUGACUCAGCAGGAAAGUGGCUAAUGCACCAGCUUGAGACUGGCCAGCAGGACAGGCAUGAACCUGAGAGAGAACUGCAGACAUUUUCUGUAUUUCUGAUCAGAGUCAUGGAUACAUCCAUGUAGGAUACUUCAUGUGGACUCCCUCACUAAAAGCCCACUUUUGAGAAUUGCUGAGCUAUGAAGUGCCAUUGCCUGUUGUAAUUGUUAUAAUUAAAGUGGCAGCAAGCAGGGAAUUACACUGGUGUUCAAUUCAGGUAAAUGGAACCUGUAAAACCCUCUGAUGUAUUUAAAGCUCUUAAUGUGCCUGUUUGGCUUAGAGAGUCACACUAAAUACAUGCUUCCAAUCAUUUUAAGAUUUUCUUUGCUCAAGUGGGUUUUACUAGAUGUUUAUUGAACACCACAUUUUUAAAGCCCAUCAUCAAUAAUACAUGAUUUGAUCCUUGGGCCUGUUAGGAUAUAAGCAAGGCCCCUUAGAAUAGUCAGUAUUUUCUAACAAGGCUAAAAUAAUAGCAUUGAGACUAUCAUGGUUUUCACCCAAAGCAGAGGCCUGCACAGCUUUUCCUUUGCAGCUGUGGCUACUACAAGUUCAUUUAAACUGCCUCAAGCCCUUUGCUAAACAUCAGGAUUGACAAAAGGAAAAUAAUUCCUUUUAAGGAAACAUUUGAUUUAACUCAAUUGCUACUUUUCUGCUUGGCCAGGCUAUUCCCCUGGACAAGAAAUGGAGCAACAGCCUGGUGCACGUGGGACUCUGAGCUGCUUCCUUUUUUUAACUCCUGCACCAGUUGUUGGCCAAAAAUAAACACCAUUCCACAACCAUAUAUGUUCAACAGCCCAGUGGUGAUUCUGAGGCUGGUCAGGCCCCUCCAGUAUUGCUGUUAGUCCACUCUGCCAGAAUAUACGAUCCUCUUUCCUAAAAGCACGGCUCUGCAUGGGCUAUGCAUAUAACCCAGCUCAAUCGGGAAUGCCUGUUGCACCUAUUUUCUUUCCUGGACAAAAACAGUAGAAAGAGUUUAGCCCAGACAUGUCACAAAUUGCUAGAAGUGUUUCAGGAGCCUUUUCUGUGGCCUGUACUGAAUUUCCAUUCUCCUGUGGAACUAAAGAAGGAUAAUUUUCUCUUGGGACCAGCUUUAAGGUACCUCUCCAUCUGCUGGCAUUCAAGCAGAGUCAAGGUGUGUAACAUUGAGGACUGGAUGAAAAACACAUUCCAGAAAGACAUCUGUCGUAAGCAUGAAAAUGCUGUCAAUCAUUUUUUAAUACAAGUCUGCAAAAGACGCAGGCAGAGUUGGAAACGGUGCCCAAACUUGCUGUCCCUGACCCUUUCUGGAUGUGGCCAUGUCACAGAUGAUUACCUGUUGUUGCUUCUCAAGAGCUGCCCAAACCUCAAGAUACUGAAACUGGAAAACUGCGUGCGGAUCACUGACCGGACUCUGGAAGCUGUGACCCUCUAUGGGGGCUCUUUACAAACCCUCCAUGUGGAUUUCUGCCGGAACAUAACUCAGGCUGGUCUGGAGACAGUCCAGGAAAAAUGUCCUUCAGUAAUGCUGAAAGCAGAGAGAAGUGCAGACAUGAUUCCAGACAACGAACCAGCGGAAAAAUUGAUGCUUGAAAGAGCAGUGUGAAAACUGGUGCUGCACUAAGAGGGACCGAUUCUAGAAAUUCAAUAUAUGUGAAGAGAGACUGACAUUUUGAGGUUCCACCCAGUUUGCAAUUCAGCCUAUCUAUAUGCAUAUUGGCUUUGUUUAUAAAAGAAUAUUUUAUAAAUUUCACAAAUACUCUUGUGUUACUGGGUAAGGAGUUUACCUUGAUGGCGAUGGUCUGGCACCACUGGUCCUUCAUACUGGAAAAUUCCCUGUGCUAGCACACAGGAGAUGGUAAAUCCUGACUAGCUGAUGAUGACCCUGCUGAGAGUCUUGUGGGGAAGUCUGUGGUAUAUUUUGCUUGUCUACCAUUUAUGAUGAUGUAUCCAAAUCUCAGGGCCCAAGGGGAUGGAUAACAAACUUUUUAUUCCCAAGGAAAUAUGCAUGUGCCUGUUCUCUCAGAGAAGGAUAAUUAAUUCUAAGUAGGUAACUAGCCUCUUUCUGUCACAUGUUCACCUUUUCUGCUAAGGCAGAUCUCACUCCUGAUAAAUGUCACUUACUGUACUUUACACGUGAUCUGUUAGUGUACUUUAUUUAAACCAUAAGUGCUAUGAAAAUAUGUGCAAACCAAGCCUUUAACAUUAUUUACAUAACGUACACUGACAAUUUACGCUUCAGUUUAUAUCACUGUAAAUAGUAAUGUAAGUUUAA